AUGCCAAGAAGAAAACGAGCUUCCAGCCCAUUUGAUACAUUCGAUGAUGAUUUUGAUGAGGACGCCAGUUCGCAAAGUUCCAAAAAUGGCAAUCCACCAAUACAACGUAACGCUGCCAAUGCAAGAGAGCGUGCACGCAUGCGUGUUCUCUCCAGCGCUUUUGGGCGACUCAAAACAAAACUACCAAACAUUCCGCCGGACACGAAAUUAUCCAAAUUGGACACACUGCGUUUAGCGACAAUGUAUAUUAAACAGUUAAAAGUGCUUGUAGAAGGUGGCACAGCGACGGUAGAGAGUCCAGAGGCCUUUCAAGAGUCGGCGGGGAUUUUCAAUAUGCAAGGCGUGCCACAAAGCAUGACUUGGCCCUUCGGCUUCCAUCACAUGCAAAAUAACAGCAACAGCAGCGGUCGUCUGCAAGCACUCCAAUAUUCGCCCACCGAAUGGAGUAAUUCGCGCAAUGCAUUUUCCAAAUAUGGACGCAUGAGCAACACGAGUAACGGCAAUUGCAGCAACAACAGCGCGAGCUAUCAGCAGGAAACAGUCAAUAUGCUGCACUCACACCACUGGUACACCGCGGACGAGCCCAUGGUGGAGGACAUCAAUGUAAACAACAACAACAACAAUUGUGUCUUUUUCGAACAGCAACCGGAACAGCAUGUAAAACAUAAUCACGACAUAACACAAAUGCAUCAUCAACUUUAUCACACGAACCACUCAAAUGCGCAAAGUUCAAUACGCUAAUCACAUACACAUACAU